AUGGCUGGACGAGCGAAGCAACUACCUCUCGAGUUGAUCAACGCCUGUUCAAAUUUAUUCCAGUCCCAUAUCAAGGCGAUUGUGGAAGGCAAAAAUCCGCAUGUCACGUUUCCCUUUAAAGGGAUAAAGCUCCCUCGGGGCACGAAAGAACACUGUCCCUUUACAGAUCUGGAAGAAGUACGCAACUCUGUUACUAUCCAGUUCCUCGGCACUCCACACGGCAACAUUACGGCACAUCUGUUCAACGAUGGAACACUCAAAACGUCUACGAUGAUGCACCAGGAGAACAACCGGCGAAGGGAACAAGAAGCUGGAUUGCUUGUUGAAGAAAACAAAUUCCCACACCUCAACCAGACGCCUCUGCGCACUCAAGCAUACAACAGGAAGAUGGCAAGGAUUCGAAAUGCACGGGACAACUCAACCUGGAGUAUCAUGAAGAAGCAGCUGGAGAAGGCCACCGCAGAGGAAGAGUAUAACCGGUUUCUCCAGGAACAGGCUGAGCAACGAGCCAAAGCUGCAAAGAAGUAG